GCUCUCUUCAGCCGCGCUCAUGACAGAGGUUGUGCCAAGUGCCAUCAGACAGUGCGGCUGAUCAUCUCCAGUGAGGCCAUUGCCACGAAAAUGACCUUGGGCAACACCGGCAGCGUGAGAUCUGUCUCAUGUGAUGACCCACUCCAUCCGCGGUCUCGAGUCUCGACUCACCUAGAGAACCCAGGAGGUCCAGACAGAGACAGAUUGGACUCACGAGGAACCGACCAUUGGCCACGGCUGGUGCGCGAGGCUGUCCAUCAAUCUCCUUUUCGCUAGUCCUGCCUCCAUCCACUAUCCUCCUACAGUGCUACCCGUUGUGUCAGGCACAUACCCUAGAGCUUCCACUUCUGGAAGGCCUACCAACCUUCGACCGUCCACAACGUCCAUCCGGGAUGUUGUUUUUAUUCAAUGACUGAAUCUAUUGGCUCGCUGGGUUAUUACCCACAGCCAGACAGGAGCACUCGGUGACGCCGAAAGCGAGGCCCCUCGCCGCCACGUGCAGACAAGCGAAUGCCAUGCACAAUCUCGGCGAAAGCUUUGCCUGUCGCUUAUUUGCAUCUCGACUCUCGAUAUGGGGUAGAAUAUGGUGUUUGCGGCUUCAUCGACUUCACCUGAGCCCAAGCUUGGCGUCCGAAUCCGGCAUUGAAGGAGUCAAAUUGAGAUUCUCCCAGGAGUAGUCGACUGCAUGAGAUGGGGAGGAGAAACAUGACCCUCCAAACUCAAAUUCUGUUCGACCUGGAGUCUUGUAUAUAAAAUGCAUCUCCCCCAUGAUGGUAGGCAAUAUUGGUGAGCACUCCUAACCGGUCCAGUCCUUCGUUCGUGCUAUUUCUUUCCAUCUUUUGCAGUUUCCAGUCACUCAUUACUGACCCGUUCGGGUCGUCCACUCCUUUUUCUUUGUUGUUUACGUCUAAUCCUUUUCUGAAAUCAAUAUGGCUGCACAUCUUCUCGUUUCCGCUCUCACCCUCACCGUGGCCGCUGCUUCACCGGCUGGUUGGGAUGAAUGGACAACGCCAGGCACCACGACGACCACUUCUGCUAUAACAUCAACUUCUGCUAAGACCGAACCUUCGUGGGGAGACUGGACUGCUUCUACCAAAAAGACCACCUCCACAAUCACUACUACCUCUGUUUCUACCACCAGCACAACUUCAUUGAGCAAGACUUAUUCGCACACUACAUCAGUCGGACAGUGGGAAGACUGGCUCACUCAUGGAGAUGGCUCUUCCUCAAGCCACUCCGGUGGCAAUGCAGGAUCAGACGGCUGGAGCGACUGGGGAAGCAACGGGCAUUUUGGUUCGGGUGGCUCCUCCUCAGGAACCUCAUUGGGAGGUUCUUCGCCGGGUGGCUCAGCAAGUGGAGGCUCUUCAUCUGCUGGUGCCUCGUACGGUGGUGGCUACUCCUCUGGGGGUUGGUCGUAUUCCUCUGGAAAUUCUGGCGGGAAUGCAGCAAUCGUCUCGGCUCCGGCGCCGAUCCACACUCUGACCCCCGGCUUUCUCCCUUCACACAAUGACCAAGAUCUCUCGCACUUGAAGCCGGGUAGCGCAAAGGAUUUGUUCUUUGCCCAGGGGGCUCCCAACUCCGGUAUCUCGUCCGGAUCUCUCUACGUCUCGGCCGGGACGACUUUCCAAUAUCCCACCGUCGUGCUCGAUCAUUCUGCCUUUGUGACAGCCACCGUGUCCGGCUCCUCAUUGACUGUUGUCUUUUCCUCUCAACAAGCCUACAACUAUGCAACCAAGUCGUGGCCUGCUGAUGGUACUUGGUUUGUUCUGGCCACUACCGAGGGAUCCGAUGAUGGCCACUAUGUGUAUUAUCUGACUUCGUCGGUGAGCUUCGACUCUACCACAUCCACCGCCACUUGCAACGUGAAGGCCGUGGAUCUCAACUACGUCGCCGAAAGUUUCGACCUCGAGUGGGGUACCUAUCAACAAUCCUCCUCGACUAGAGCGACCGGAAGUGCGUCCAUGACAGUGUCCUACGCGGGUUCGGGUGGAAGCUAUUCAACAACCAGCAAGGGAUAUCCCGGUUCAGGUGCAACCUCGACCACGAGUGCUGCGGCAACAUCCUUACCCACAGGCACCGACGACAGCGAUACGUUCGACCAACAACUCGAUGAUGCUUUGGGAUACAUCGUGUGGGAGCAAUCAGACUUUCAGCAAGACCUCAGUGAGUUUGCUGGCGGUCUCGACGACUAUAACUGGGACGAUUAUGACGACGAUGACGACUACAACGACGACGACGACGGUAUCUUCGAUGACGAUGGCGAUGAUGACAACAGCGACGCUGACGUCGACAUUGACACGGAUGACGGAGGGUAUUUUGAACAAGACUCCAAGAAGAGAUCCCUUAGAAAACGUGCCACGACUACUCGGAGUCGAAGCAACGCUGUCGUUUCAGACAUCCGCAAGAAGGGCGCAGCGGCAUCCAAAGACCAAGCCGCCCAAAAGAAGCCAUCUCUCAAAGACAAACUUCUUGGUUUCGCUAAAAAAGUUGUCUCCAAGGCAUCUGACAUCAAAUCGUGGGUUGAUGGUAGCCCUCACGAAUACCAAAUGAACAAGACCUUCACGAUCCCCAACGCGACUCAAGUAAAAUACGUGCAGCAGGACUUCUUCAAGGAUGACAACGACAAACCACUCAAUGCCAUCAAGAUCUGGGAGAACGAUAAUUUCCAUGUCUACUGUGUCUCCUGCGGUGUCACGGGAACUUUGAAGGUGGCGGGCCGAGCAGCCUUCCACAUUACCAAGGGCCUGACCAUGGGCCAACUAGAGAUGCUGGGAAACCUAGAGGCAGGCGUCAAUUUGGGUGUGGCGGCUGAGGUCAAUUAUGGUGACAAGAAGAGCGUGAGACUUUUCACUCAGGGUAUCCCAGGUCUCUCAGUCCCUAACAUCAUCACGAUUGGACCAUACAUCACUCUCGACGCUGAAGCCGGUUUCACCUUCAACGCCACGGGCCAAAUCCUUGUGGGUGGGACAGUCAAGGUCGCCAACGCUCGUGCCGUCAUAGAUCUUGUAAAUUCGGGCAACUCACAAACCCCAACCUGGCAGCCACAAUUUGAACCGACCUUCAAAGCCAAGGGCGAGAUCAUCAUGGACACCUACGUCGCGCUCCCGAUCGGUCUGGCCUUCGGUUUGGACAUUGCCAACUCGAAGUUCACUGCCGAGGUAGCCGUCACCAGUGUCCCUUCGCUGCACGCCGGUGCCACCUUUCAAGCCGAAGUCAGUCUCUCGAAUGGUACGCUGUCUGGUGGUGUCAACUCCACCGCCAACGGAGUCACUAACGGCGCGUCGACUAACAAGACCUGCAAUGGCAUCAACUUCUAUAUCAACCUGCAACACGACCUCAAGGCGAAUGCAGUUGCCAAACUCUUUGGCAAGGAGAAGUACAAAACCAAGGACAAACAGUUGCUCAGCCCGUACAAGCUCAACUUGGCCUCCAAAUGCUUGACUCUAUCGGGAAUCAAGAAGCGCCAAUCCGACAACACAACUACUACCGACGACAGCUACGAUUACGACAGUGACUCGCUGCUGACGCUAUCGCAGUACGCAGACGGCACUGAUCCGUUCCCGGAUAUCGAUGUUGACGUGGAUGGAGAUGGCGACGGCGUGGACGACGAAGACGAAUACGAUUUCCCCUCCUUGGUCUCAGCAUACUUGAAUGACACAUCGUCCAAUUUCACUACUCCGCUAGACCUCGACGAUUCAGUGCAAUCCGGCCCGGAAUACAACUACACUAUCAUCUCCGAUACGGGACUUCUGUACAACCUUGCGGCCGAUGACGAAGGCAACGUCCGCAUCCAGGACAUCGACUCCGAAACCUUUGGUAGUGCAUUGUUCCAGGUGUUUGACGAAGUCGUUGUCGGCGACAGUGAGGGUCGCACACUGUUUUACUACUCCCCGGAGAUGAGCAACUACGGCGUCUCACGUCUCCGCCUAGGCGACUCAGAGCACAUCCCCAUCUCCUCCGAGAUUGUUGGAUUGGUACCUUUCCUCGUCGAUGACGAGACCAACGAUGGAGCGCUCGACAGCGUCUUUGUCGCCAUGGAUACCCAAGGCAACGAGUACUGGACGGUGCUGUGCAAUUACGCCGACGGCAAUACCGCGAGUAAAGUCUUCCUUGUCCAGGACUUCGAUGCAGGACUAGACACGUUGAAGAACGCGACGCUCGAGCAGUCAGUCACCGGAGGGGCGAUCAGCGAGUGUGUGGACCUGCCUUUGACGAAUGGCCUCGCUGGUCUCUAGUCAUAAGGAGGUCUUUUUAGUUUUUAAAAUACCUACAUAUAACCCGGCCCAAGCGUAUGAUAGAGGCUGAUAGAGGCUGAUAGGUUUUUCAAAACAUAGCAUCUCAUUUUCCUGGGACUUACAGCAUUGGGUAUUAGCAAUGGAGACUAGGCAUGUGGACACAGUGAC